CCCCUUCACAACAUCAUAGGAGCAGUGUGUUAUAAGUUCGUUUAAAUGACUACUGAUUACAGAGAAUCUGUUCUCUGUCACUGGAACACAUCUCUUUUUAAGACAGACAAAGACAGAGGCUGUACAAGGACUUGUUAAAGAAGUGACUGGAUUACAGUGAGCUGCUCGUGUUCACCCGCAACCGAACAGCUUUGGGAAAUGGAAAAAGAGAAGAAGAGUCGCUUAACACUUCUCGGGUUUCCACCACACAGACAAAUACGCGCACGGAGAUUGUAACAGCUGAAAGGUUUACGGCGAUUUUCUGUAAAAUCUGGCACUUUCCUGGACUUCACCUGAGGUAGACGGAAGCUAUAAGCCGCUAUUCACCCCGACGACCCCCACGUUAACAGCAGUUGCUAUGUUCAACAGCAGAAUGGAGGCACCUGCAGUGGCAGUGAUGGGCAGUGGCAGGGGAACAGCUGGCUGGUCGUGUGCAGGAUGUGGAGAUCGAAUUGCAGACUGAUUCUUGCUCUUCUCCAUGGAGCAGUACUGGCACACAUGCUGCCUCAAGUGUUCCUGCUGCCACACUCAGCUGGGCAAGUACAGCAGCACCUGCUACAGCAAAGGAGGCAUGAUCCUCUUUAAGGAAGACUACAUCAGUAAAAGCAACAUUCAGAGAAAGACUCAGAAUGUGCACCUGUUUGUACCACUCCAUCGCACGGGAUGUGGGGUUUUGGACCAAUGUCAAAAUCCAUGGAUAGAGAUGUUUGUACACAGCGGUGCCUGUAGUGCUUGUGGAGAGUCUAUACCUGCCAGUGAGAUGGUGAUGCGAGCUCAAGGCAGGGCUUACCACCUUAAAUGUUUCACCUGUACAACCCUUAGGAACGGCCUGGUCCCAGGUGAUCGUUUUCACUACAUCAAUGGGACUAUCUUCUGUGAACAUGACCGGCCAGGGGGAGGUCUGCACACCAGACACCCCACUCCACUGCAGGUCAACAGCAUGAUGUCCAAUCAGAAGCAGGUAUCUCUGACCCUGGGGCUACGGAGUCUGGAUCUGUGAUUGCAAACCACCUACUUCCCCCAUGAUCCUGCUCAACACCCACUGCUUCAAUUAUUAAUAUUAUUAUUAUUGUUAUAUUAGUCUGAUUAUUAUUAUUAUUCAUCUUAUUAUUAGGCCUAUUAUUAUAAUUGCUGGUAUUAAAAUUAGUCUUAUAAAGAACCUGCAUUGUACUAUGUUUUCUUUCCUCCCUCCUGCCCCCCCUUUCUCUCUCUUUAUCCCUCCCUCCUCUCUCUUUUUGUCAUUCAUCCCAAUCAAUCAAGGCAGACAGCCACCCACCAUGAGUCGGGUUCUGUUCAAGGAUUCUACCUGUUAAAAGGGAGUUUUUCCCUGCUGCUGUUGCCAAAUCCUUGCUCAUGGGGGAAUGUUGGGUCCCUGUAAAUAUAACUAUAAAGAGUCCAGUCUAGUCCUGCUCUAUAUGAAAAGUACCCUGAGAUAACCUGUUAUGAUUGGGCGCUAUAAAAUAAAAUUGAGUUGAAUUGGACUGAACUCCUGUGAAUUAUGACUUAAAUUUUGAAUGAUUCAAAAUUGUACCAUCUUAUAAUACUUGUAUUAUUUUUUUAGUGGAAGUGUAGGGUAUUUGAUCUAAUGUAUGGUUAAAAAUAAAUGGGUUAAGGUGACUACAUUGAAAUUAAGUACAACUUCAAUGCAACAAAAGUCAGAUUACCUGUGAUCAUUGCGACCAAAGUGAUUGCACAUGUAAUUUUAAGUUAAGUCUGAUUGCAUGAACAGGGUUAUAAAUGAACCUGUGAACACCACAGUUUUCUCAACACAAUUGUCGCCAGACUGUGAGACUUCUUAAAGAUGGGAGUGGGUACAAGAGCAUCAAAAGUUUACUGAACAUAAGCCAAAAUGAAUUGUUUGGAUCAAAUGGGGUCCCGCCUGUUUGGCGUGGACCCAGCCAGGACUACAGUGACUCCAUAGUGCUGGCAGUAAAACAUGGAGGUGGAAGUGUGCUGAUAUGAGGCUGCAUGAGUGCAAAUGGUGUAAAGGAACUAUGAAUGCAAGUUUGUAUGCCCGAAUACUUAAUAAAAAGAUGACUUCCAGUAUCAGGAAGCUCGGCAGGAGAGGAAUUUUCCGACAUGAGAAUGAUCCUAAACAUACAAGAUCACACAAUUUUUAAUGAAGAAUAAAGUGGAAACUGUCCCUUGACUUGAAUCCAAUGGAACACCUUUGGAGUACUUUAAUGUGGAAGGUAGAGUGACACAGCCUCUCCAGUACAGAGCAGCUGAAAAGAGUCAUUUGUGAAGAAUGACAGAAUAUCUCUCCACAGAUGUAUGAAAGACUGGUAUCCAUCUCAGGAGGAUAAAAUUGAAAAUUGUGAUAAAAUCACUAAUGAAAGGUGUAAGGACUUUUGUUGCAGUUGGUUUAAUAAGUCAAAAAAUUCUGUUUCAACUGGCUUCAUUCUUCUCAGGCUUUAGCUAAAAACAAAUAAAAUUAUAUAAAAUAGAAAGGAUUUGUACUUACUUAACAUUUUAGUGAUACUGACCAGAGGUGUACUCGGUUUUGUUGUAUAUUGUAUGGCAUCAUUUUUUUGUUUUUCUUUUUUAUUAUCAUCUCCAAGUGUAAAAGUGUGGUAUUUAUCCAAGGCUCUGGAUCAGGCCAAGUUGAGAAGAGUGUAUGGCUGAACUGUUCUGUCCUGGCGGAAGUGAAUAUCCCCGACCUCUGUCGCUAAGCAACAAAUUCUAGAUCCACCAUAACCCAUUUUUUACUGUAUUUUAAUACACACACACAGAUUUGCUUUCAUUUAAUUAUUUUUCUGUUUCUGUUGUGAGACAACAAUGAGAAUAAACAGUGAUUUGAUUGUAGCUCAUUAAUGCUAAAGAUAUCUGCUAAACAGGCAAACCUCAACUCUAGCACUGUGGUGCUGAGGGGAUUAUUAUUUUUAAAUCAUUGUGUUAUGAUCAUGAAGUCAUCUGACAAUCAAUAUAACUGCAGCAUAAUAACAACACCUCUAGUAUGUGUUCAAAGAAAGGAUCAGAGUUGCCAGAAAGCAGCUACACACUUCAACGACAUUGCAUUUCUUACAUUGUUUUAAAUCCAAUCUGGAGAACGUGAAGGAAACGUUCUGGUGUAGAAAAAGGCCAGUUUAGUGUGGAUAUAGUGUUUGUUUUAGGGUUAGGGUUAGUGUAACUGUUGACAUACAACACAGUGUCUGAUAGCAAAGAUUUUCUGCAAGACUCAGUGUAAUCCAUUAAUACUCUUUAGUUGUCCUGUUGGCUUCAGGAUUAAGAUUUUACUCAUUGGUCAGCUGUCAAAUAGGUUUUGAAAGACCUAUCAACUGCUAUGGUUUCUGUACAUUUGCAUUAUUAGAUUUGAUGUUUAUAUACUUCUGUUUCAUCAUCCAAUGCUAAACCUUUCAAUAUGUACAAAAACACUAACUAA